UCUACGAUAAAAUUUAUAUCCUAUUGCUCAGAAAAUCGAAGUAGCUCAAUUAGUAGGACGUAAAGUGACACAGCAAUGGUUUAAUAACAUGAUGAACAAUCCAUUACUAUCGGAUUUUUGGCUUAAAAAAGGUCUUACUACAUUGCUUGCAACGUAUACUGUCAAUAAGGCUUAUCCAGAUUAUCGAAUAUUGAAUUUAUUUGUUGUUCAAAAUCAACAUUACUCUUUUAAUUUGGAUGGUAAUCAUAUGUGGCCUUCUACUUCACAAGAUGACAGUUUAUUGAAAAUUCGCCAAUCUAUCAGAGCACCCUUUAUACUACGGAUGAUGCAACACAUCCUCACAGAAGAAAUGUUUCAGGAAAGCAUAAGCACAUAUGCAUAUGAUACCGAAUCGCAUGAUGAAGGCUUUGUGGAGCUUACGAAACAUAUUGCUUUAAAAAAUCCAAAUAUUACUCAACAACUAACAAAAAUGGAAGAUUGGGCUUUGGAAAAUCAUUGUCCCGUGAUUAAAGCAGUACGAAAUUAUCAUGAUAGAGAGAUAAUGAGCGAAGUAAAUGUAUCGAUACAAAAUAUCGACACAUUAAAAUUGGCUGCAUUCCUGUAA